UAGGCAUGUAUAAAGCACAGCAGCCGCACCUCAGUCAAAACACUGUCUCUGACAGCAGCUCUCAGGUCAGUUAAGUCAGCCAGAACCCAGUCCCUGACAGCAGCUCUCAGAUCAGAUAAGUCAGCCAGAACCCAGUCCCUGACAGCAGCUCUCAGAUCAGAUAAGUCAGCCAGAACCCGGUCCCUGACAGAAGCUCUCAGACCAGAUCAGGUGGAACCCUGUCCGUCCCUGACAGCAGCUCUCAUAUCAGAUCAGGUGGAACCCUGUCCGUCCCAGACAACAAUUCUCAGAUCCGUCAUGCUGGGUCCUGCCAGCAGACUCCAGCUGCUCGCGCUCCUCGCGCUCCUGCUGCUGCUGAGCACGCGCAGCUCAGCUGUUCACAACGCCGCCACAGAGUCCGGACACUAUGGGCAGGUCCAGGACACCCAGGACGAGCCGGCGGAGGAAGACUCGAACCGGGCGAGGCACGGCGGGAGGCAGCUCGGGGACGCUGUGCGGAACGGCCCAGAGCAGAGCCAGGUGGGCUGCAGGGAGCUGAGGUCCACCAAGUACAUUUCCGAUGGCCAGUGCACCAGCGUCAACCCUAUCAAGGAGCUGGUGUGUGCUGGGGAGUGUCUGCCGUCCCACCUGCUGCCAAACUGGAUUGGGGGCGGGGCUUACACUGGGAGGCACUGGAGCCGCCGCGACUCCCAGGAGUGGCGCUGCGUCAUUGACCGGACCAGGAGCCAGCGGAUCCGGCUGCAGUGCCAGGAUGGCAGCUCCAGGACCUACAAGAUCACGGUGGUGACCUCCUGCAAGUGCAAGCGCUACUCCAGACAGCAGAAUGACUCAGGACACAAGGACACAUCUGUCCACAGUGGGAAAGAGAGGAAACAUCAGAGGAAGGCUGCACUGCCAGAGGACACGGCCGCAAGGCAGUCUGACAACUAACAAAUAUUUAAGAGCUAGGCCAGAUAGAGGUCAAAGUCAAUAGUGUGUAGUGUAUCUCUAAAACGUAGAUUAUUGUGACAUAGAAAAAAGAUUUAGUUCAGUUUAAUAGAAAGAAAUACAGAUGGGGGGAGGGGGAUUAUGGUACUGGCCAAACACAGCAGUGAGCAAGUGUUAGUGAGUCUUCAUCUGGCACUAAAGGUGAUGUAGUCAGGGCAGCUAGUUCAUGUAAAAAAUAAUCCAAAACAAUAACCAAUUACAUAGUUAAAGGCUCAACAGAUGUUGGAUGGAAGACAUGUAAAACAUAAUGUUGCCAUAAUUAAUAAAAGUUCCAAAUGUGAAGUUAGACUUACUGUAUAUAGCAGUCUGUAGUGUGAAUGUAAUGUACAAUAUGUGCAGGGUAAAGUUUUAUGGGUUUUUAAGAGUGAAUAGUAUGUAAUUUAUUUUUGUACCAGAACAAUUGAAGUUCUUUUUUUUAUAUUAAUGUUGUUGAAAUAAAUAGUAAUAAUAAACGAAAAAGGAAAUUGUUGACAGGGCUGUGUUUGUGACAUAAUGCUGCAGGCGGAGAGGAACUCCCUGACAACAGAGGCAUUAGUCUGAGAUGAAACAGAGGCCAGACUUUGUUUUAUUGUGAAGGGGAUCCCUUCCCCUCGGGGCGCCUGGGGCUUGUUCCAGCUGCAUGUUAACACGUGUUAUUGUUCCGUCGAUGUUUUUUUCUCUCUGAAAGCUGUGGGCUGAGGGACGCAGUGAAUAGAAUCACCUGCUCUGGAUGACAACAGGAUGUUUAACUUGUCUUACCUGCAGAGGGAAAAAGAAUUGCCUGUGGGCAGAGACGGAGGUAAAGUGUAGCAAUGUUAAUUAGCAGCUGGGGAAACAGCAGGAUGUGUGUUGUUCGUUGCCAGAAAAUAAUUGCU